AUGGCAAGCCAAAGAGUGGAAAAUGGUGAGAUGGAAUUAAGCGGCUUCAUUGAAAUGACCGCUCUGGGAUUUGACCGUGAUACUGUUCCCCUUGCAAGAAUUGUGAGCGAGAGCCCUGGUAGAAGCAGAGUUGAGGUCAUUAAAGAAGAGGAGUUACGUGACUUUGGAGUGGGUGAGGAAGAUAAAGAGAGGGGAGAUAAGGGUUUCAUUAGCAUUGAUUGCGGGGCACCUAACAGUUACCCAGACGAUAAGAACGGCAUAUACUAUGAGCCUGAUGCGGGGUUUGUAGAUUCCGGAACAGACAUGCAGGUGUCUACCCAGGUCAUCGACAUACUCUACGAACAUCAGUCAAAGAAUCUCAGGGCCUUCCCCAAUGGAACAAGGAAUUGUUACACAUUAACGCCAGAUAAAGGAAAGGGCAACACAUACUUGGUCAGGGCUGAUUUUUGGUAUGGGAAUUAUGAUGGCAAGAAUCAAACCCCGGCAUUUGACCUCCAUAUUGAUGUUAACUACUGGACCACGGUGAACUCUUCUUCUUGGAUAUACAAAGAGAUUAUCUACACUCCUCCAAGAGAUUAUAUUCAAGUUUGCUUGGUGAAUACCGGCUUGGGAAUUCCAUUCAUAUCAGCUCUCGAGUUGCGGUUGCUGGAUAACUCGACUUACCAGAUCAAUUCUGGUGCACUUGUAUCCAACGGGAGAUAUAAUUUAGGGAGCAUUAACACAUACAGGCAUCCAGAAGAUGUAUAUGAUCGCAUCUGGGCCGGUCAGACUUAUAGUAAAUUGUUGUCAGUCAGCAACACGACGGCCAUCGUGACAAGUACAAGUAAUGAUGCCUAUAAAGUUCCGCCUGAAGUUUUGAUGACCGCCACACAAGUACAAAAUGUCGCUGAUCCUUUGAGUCUGUCCUGGACCUCCAACAACUCUACUACUGUCUGGUAUAUAUACUUUCACUUUGUGGAAUUGCAACUGCAAGAUAAUGAUAUCAGAGAAUUCACGGUAAAUGUACAAGAAUUCACGGAAACCGUCAAGCUCGAGAACCUAAAGCCGGUAACCGUAGCCUCAUCUCCCAUAGCCGGACUAUCUUUGGACAUGACUAUAGGAGCGACGGCCCGCUCCACUCUGCCACCUCUCCUCAAUGCCGUCGAGCUUUUCAUUGAGGCACAGCUUAAAAAUUCACCGACUGUUCUUGAUGACUUCAAUGCUAUGUAUGACGUCAAGAAAACAUAUGGGGUGAUCAGAGCUAGCUGGCAGGGUGAUCCAUGCGUUCCUAUACAGCACUCAUGGAGCGGACUACAUUGUAGCUAUGAUAGUUCUCCGAGAAUCGUCUCGUUGAACCUGAGCUCUAGUGGACUGAAAGGACUGCUAGCUACAUCGAUCUCCAAUUUGAAAUCAGUUGUAUCCCUGGAUUUGUCUGACAAUUCACUAACUGGGUCCAUUCCCGACGUUUUAGCGCAAAUGCCGAACUUGAAAGUUCUGAAUUUAGCUAGAAACAACCUGAAUGGUUAUGUUCCUCAAACUCUCUUGAAGAAGAAGGCAGAUGGAUCGUUGCUACUAAGCAUAGAUGGAAAUCCAAAUCUUUGCCAAUCAGACAAUUGUCAGACCAGCAAUGUGCAGCCAAAGAAAAAGGGCAUCUCUAUUGCGCCAAUCAUUGCAUCAAUUGCAGCCGUUCUGGUCUUGAUUUUCUUUGGAGUUCUUGCAGUACUGUGGAUAAUCAAAAGAAGACAAAUCCAAAAUGUUACUACUACUACUAUGCCUACCAACUCUACCAGAGGAUCUACUGGGACAUCAAGGUUGUCAAAAAAUCGAACUUUCACAUCUACUGAGGUUACAAGAAUUACUGAUAACUUUAGAACAGUAAUCGGAGAGGGAGGAUUUGGGAGAGUUUACUUUGGUAGACUUGACGAUGGCACUGAAGUCGCAGUAAAAAUGUUAUCUCACUCGUCAAAGCAAGGCUCCAAGGAGUUUCACACAGAGGCGCAACUCCUGAUGGUCGUUCACCAUAGAAAUCUGGUUUCACUUAUCGGAUAUUGCGAAGAAUUUGAAAACAUGGCGCUGAUUUAUGAAUUCAUGUUCAAUGGAAAUGUUCAGCAACAUUUGUCAGCAACACAAAACCCAAAUGUUUUGAGUUGGAGCCAGAGACUACAAAUCGCAAUCGAUGCCGCUCAAGGGUUGGAGUACCUGCAUAAUGGCUGCAAACCUCCCAUCGUCCAUAGAGAUUUAAAGACGCCCAAUAUUUUACUAAACAAAGACAUGCAAGCGAAGAUUGCUGAUUUUGGAUUAUCGAAGGCAUUUGUAACAGAGCAUGAUUCUCACAUUACAACUCGCCCAUCGGGAACGCCUGGUUAUCUCGAUCCGGAGUUUCAGACAUCUGGAAACUUGAGCAAGAAGAGCGACGUGUAUAGCUUCGGCGUAAUUUUAUUCGAGUUAAUCACUGGCCACCCAGCCAUUAUAAGAAGUCCGGAGGGCAGCACGCACAUAGUUCACUGGGUGACUCCACUCAUAGAAAGAGGGGACAUCCAAAGCAUUGUCGACCCGAGGUUAAAUGGCCAAUUCAACAUCGGUUCUGCAUGGAAUGCAGUGGAAAUAGCCAUGUCGUGUGUGCCGACGACAGCGGUCCAAAGGCCAGACAUAAACCGUGUUCUGUUGGAACUAAAAGAAUGCUUGACAGCAGGGAUCGGUUCAGGAAGAAGCCAAAGAAUGGGAAACAGUAAGAGAAGUGAGUCUUUUGAGACGAGCUCACUUGACGUUGAUAUUGCUCCGAGUGCUCGUUAACCAUACUUCGUCUAUAAGGUUAUCAUGCCCAUCUUCCCUGUAUAAGUUGUUGAUUAUUACAUCGAACAGAUUUGAAAACUUUUGUGCAAAGUCUGAGCUUGUGGCUUUAAAUUGUGAGUGAUGCAUAUUGGGGUUGUUGCUUUUCUAGCUUAGUGAAUAAAUGAGUGAAUGUUGAGUUCAA